CAAAGUCACUUGUUAUGCCCACCUUGCUCCAUUCUUUUACCCAAAUCCAGAAAGACAAGAGCCCCUACUGAAGACCGAGAAAAGAUGCUUAGCGUUAAAGGAUUAGUUGAUUCAAAUUGUCCGAGUUCCAUUCCCUCCAACUACUUAUGCCUUAAAAAUCCUGACGAUUCCAUAUUGUAUGAAACAGAGAAUAUUCCAAUAAUUGAUUUUUCGCAGCUCAACUCAUCCAAUCCCAAUGAGCGCUCCAAGGAAAUCCAAAAACUCGGUGAUGCCUGCCGCGACUGGGGUUUCUUUAUGCUAGUCAAUCACGGGGUUUCGGAGACACUGAGGGAUGAGCUGCUUAGGGCAAGCCAGAGCUUUUUUGAUCUGACAGAGGUAGAAAAAAUGGAGUACGCAGGAAGGAAGCUAUUUGAUCCAAUAAGAUGUGGGACAAGCUUCAAUGUCAUGGUGGACAAGACCCUUUUCUGGAGAGAUUAUCUUAAAUGUUAUGUUCACCCUCACUUUAGUGCUCCUUCCAAGCCCCCUGGUUUUAGUGAAACUUUAGAAGAAUACAUCACAAAGACCAGGGAACUGAUUGGAGAGUUGCUAAAAGGAAUAUCUAGAAGCUUGGGACUAGAAGAAAACUUCAUACAUAAAAGGUUGAAUGUGGAAUCGGGAUCCCAGUUACUAGUUAUCAACUUUUACCCACCUUGUCCUGAUCCUGAACUUGUAAUGGGCCUACCUGCGCACACAGAUCAUGGGCUUCUGACCCUCCUGAUGCAAAAUGAACUAUCAGGGCUUCAAAUUCAACAUAACGGCAAGUGGAUUCCUGUCCACCCUUUACCCAAUUCCUUUCUCAUCAACACUGGGGAUCAUAUGGAGAUACUGACCAAUGGGAAAUACAAGAGCGUUAUUCAUCGUGCUGUAGUGAAUCAAAAAGCUACUAGAAUUUCUGUUGGUACAGCAUACGGGCCCCCACUUGACAACAUUGUCAGUCCUGCACUGGAGCUGGUCCAAGAGGAUAAUCCCCUCGCAUAUCGUGCCAUUAAAUAUAGUGAUUACUUGCAGCUUCAACAAAGCCAUGAACUGGAUAAAAACUCCUGCUUGGAUCGUAUUCGGAUUUGAAUAAAAAAAACUGCUAUGUCCUCGCUUAAGUAGCAUC